CCAGUUCCUGUAUUAAUAGCUGCCUUGGCAAGUGGGAGACAAUGAGGUAAUUCAAUGAGUGCCGAGGGUACUCUCAUCUCGUCUCGGAAGCAAGAGGGAAGACUUUGCUGAAAGAAUGACUUUCCACAGAAGCCCAGAUGCCUAUUACCGGUUCCCAGAGCGUACGAUGAAUGAGCGGUUGGACUGUCAUUAUUGUAAGGAGUCGCUGCAUGGCAGCAAAUACAUUGAGAAGGACAAACUGCACUGCUGUAUCAAAUGUUACGACAAGUUCAUCGCCAACACGUGCUUUGUCUGCAGGAAACCAAUAAGCUUUGAUUCCAAGGAGCUACACCAUGGCGAUCGUUACUGGCACGAGUCGUGUUUCCGCUGUUUCCACUGCAGCCGCUCCCUCGCCAACGAUUCCUUCUGCAUCAAGAACGAGCGCAUCACGUGCACCAACUGCCUGCCCCGCACUGACAGCUCGACCUGUCACAGCUGCCGGAGACCCAUCAAACCAGGGACAAAAAGUUUUGAGUACGGGGGCUCACACUGGCACGAGCGCUGCUUCACCUGCAGCCGCUGCCUGAAGGAGAUUGGCACUGCCAGCUUUGUCCCAAAGGGAGACGAGAUUUACUGCAUCUCCUGCAACGAGAAGAAGUUUUCCAAGCACUGCGUCCACUGCCGAAAGGCCAUCACCAGUGGAGGACUGACCUAUCGUGAUGAGCCUUGGCAUACGGAAUGCUUUGUGUGUAAGACAUGUCGCAAACAGCUGGGUGGACAGCGUUUCACUGCCAAUGAGAACUUUCUCUACUGUGCCGACUGCUACAGUAACUUCAUUGCCAAGAAGUGUGGUGUUUGUCACAAGCCUGUGACUGGGUUUGGAGGGGCUGAGGUUGUAACCUAUGAAGAUCGUCAGUGGCACAGCAACUGCUUCAAGUGCAAGAAGUGUUACAGUUCCCUGAUCAACAAGCGUUUUGUUACCCACAACAGGGAUGUGUACUGCCCUGACUGCGCAAAGUCCCUGUAAAUCCUGGAUCAUACCACACAGCAACGGGAAACACUUCAAUGGUACUCACUGAUCAAAUCCAUUACCCUGUUUUCCCAGAGCUUUAAAAAGUAACCAAAUGCUUUUAAGGCAGUACAAUAGCAUUUGCUUGCAAUUAUUUCAGAAGUUUGAUAAUAUGACAGCAGUAUUUCCUGCAAUGCUAAAUAUUAACCUAAAGCAUGCAAAAUAGCUAAAGGUUUAAAAAACAAUUCUUCAGUUAAAGUUUAAUUCAAAUGCCUGCAAUAAUAGUGACUUAGAGAUGAGCUUCUUAAAAGAGUAAAAAUAAAUAAAUGCUGGAAUGAUAUUUAAACUCAUUUAUAAUGCUAUUUACUCGGUAUUACUGUUGUAUUUGACUGCAUGCAUUGCUCACCCAGGGGUCUUGUCACUUCAGGGAUCGGUUCUUUAAUGCAAUGAAAUGUAUUCUUCAAAUUUAAAUCCAUUUUCAUCCCGUAGAACAUAAGCAGGAUGCUGUUCUGUGGAAGUAUGAUUGCUUUGAGACACAUUUUUGGUAUAUGAUUUGGAUCAUACACAAGUUGAGCUGUAUGAGAUUUCUAUGUGGAUACUAAAAUCUUUUCCAACAGUGAUACCAAACAAUUUAGACAGCAGAUUGCUUUUGUCACCAGCCUUACAACAAUUGAUGUUUUAAACACAACUGUGCAGGUGUGAAUUUUCUUAUUUCUGUUCCAGUCAAUAGACCUUUGUUCAGUACGUUCAGGAUUUGUUUGCACACUAAUGAUAGUUAGACUCCAAUUUACUGUUGCUUUUGCAAUGACUAAUUGUAUUUGCCAUGUUGAAAAUGUGUAAUGGAAUAAUGUGACCUCAUAGCAUGCGAGGUCAUCAUCCCAUUCAGUAUCUGGAUGAUCAAUGGAUUACUUGCAGCAUGAUGACACUGUACCAUAAUAAAAUACUUUCAAACCUCCA